UGGAAUCCAGUGCUGUUUUGAUUUGCAUUUCCUUUAUGGCCUGGACGCCACAUCUGAGUUUCAAGAAAAACCUCUCAGAGACACCACUGCUGGCACCAUGGACACAGAAACCCGUGAGGAGUUGUCAGGUGUCUCAGGCCUCAUUAAGGACACCACUUUAUUUCUCAUGGAUAAACUGAUCCCAGAGGAUGUGCAGUAUCUGGCUACUGAAGAUGAAGCAUGGGAGGUGUUCCUGGCUGAGACUAAUUUGUCCAGGGAAGAGGCUGAUGAGCUGCGUCAAGCUCUGAAGAAGCUCACAGCAGUCAUGGCUGUAGAGGAAAAAGAGAAGUUCCAGAAAGACCUGCAGGAGGUGAAGAGGUUUUGGAAUGAGCUUCCUCAGGUGAAAAGGGACAUUGAGCAGCGCAUAGGAAAGCUCUGUGCCCUCGCAGAGGAGGUUGACAAGAUGCACAGGGGCUGCACAUCUUCCAACAUGGUGGCCGACUCCACUG